AGUUUGAUCAGGUAUUGACAAAAAUUAAAAAAAUUUUUUUUAUAAAUAAUGAAUCUCAGAAAUAUUAUGAUGCGAUGCAUCGAUUUAAAAUGUACAAGUAAUGGAACUUGAAUUAGAAACAUCUGCAAGCUCAUUGUGAAUACAUUUAUGACACUGAUAAAGAAAAGUUUUCUAUAAUUGAUUUUCAAAAAAGUUUGUAAUGGAUCUUUAAAACGAUACGAACAGAGCAUGCAUUUCUGGAUUAACAAACCGGCGGGCAGAUAUUACGGUUUCACUGGUCACCGAUGCCCCGCCACACCUUUACCAAAAACACGCUUUAAUCAAUGUAGAUACAAUGCAGAUAUGAGACAAAUGUUUACACCACUUCAUCGAUUUCAAAAUCUGAAUACUAUGGGAAAUAUAGCUGGUCCUAGUAACAUGAAUAAUUGCAGAAUGCUAAGAACAACAAUAAGAACAAAUAAUGAAAAUCAAAACAAUUUUCCAGUUGGCUCUACUCAACAUUCUCAACUGAACAACAUCUCCAAUAAUGUAACAACUGCAGGAAAUAAUCAAUUGAUAUUAUCAAAUACUACGUCAAAUGGAACAAAUAGAAGUCUUUUAGAUUUUUCGGAAUUUAAUGAUGCAGAACUUGCAAGUUAUAGAUUACGAUGUGGUGUUUGGAUAACAUUUGUACUUGCAGCAGGUUUUGUUGCUGCUGCAAAAUUUUAUUUUGGAGACAAGGGUCAAGGUAUAGAAAUAUUUAUAUUUUGGGGGCUAUUAACAUUAUCAUUAUUUGCGUGUUUAUACUCUAUUUUAUAUUGCCGAAAUCAACGUAAUAGUCAUGAAGAGCAUCAAAAUCAAGAAGAACAUAUUGUGUCUACAACUACAAUGCCCAAUGAAAAUAUUAGACCUAUUUCUGUAGUAAGACAGAAUCCACCACCACCUUACCAUAUUGCUAUUUUGAUUCCACCAAGUAAUUCAUCGGAUGAAGCUCCACCACCAUCUUAUGACAAAGUUAUGCGAUAAACUAAUAUAAUGUUGUAUAAAAUUCUAUCACUAUUUUUUCAUAUACUACAUUUUGUAAAUAUAAAUUGAUGCUCAUAAAAAGUUCGUCUCUAAUUAUAUUAGCUAGGUAAACUUUUACAUCUGUGAUACAAAUAUUAAUAUAACAUCUUGAUAACAUCUGUAAUUCAAAUAAAAUAUAGAAUUAUUU